AUGGUAAUGCAUGCCAGAAAACCUCAACGUUUGCUAAGCGAUGGGUAUCAUCAGUCUCAUCAAUAUCAGAACUCAAAAUAUGGCUCCUCCAAACGGGAUUAUGAACGUGAAACUAGCUCCCGAUCUACAAGCUAUGCUCGGGACAGGGAUAACUCUCCAAUAGGAGGAUCUCUUAAUGAUUCCCCUAGAGAUCGAGAUAGAGACCGUGAUCGUGAUCGUGAACGAGAAAGGGAUCGUGAUCGAUAUCAAUCCUCUGGUUACACAAUGAGUAAGCUACGUGACAAGGAACGUGAUCGAGAUUACAAAAAAGAUAAAUAUUCAGAUUCCUUAAGGUCACCUAAGAGAGGUCGUAGUGAAAGGGAUGUGGAUCAUCGAGCGCUUCAUGAUAGAAGAUUUAAAAUUGCCUCUUCUCUGCUGGACAAACGAGGAGCAUCAGCAGACGAUCGUGAACGUGAACGAGAACGUGAACGUAGUGAGCGUGAUCGAGAUCGAGAGCGCGAUCGUGAUCGUUUGAGAGAGCGUGAACGUGACAGGGGCGGUGGUGGAAAUACGGCAACGGGAAGUACUAUUAGUAGUAGCAACAUUGGUGUACUUGGAAGUAUUUCUGCAACUAUGAUUGCCAGUGCACUUAACAGUGCUAAUGUUAGCAGUGGUAUGCUUAUUGCGAAUACCACUGGCGGAAAUACUAGUUGCAGCAGCAAUCUUAACGCAGCUAAUAAUGCUACUGGAAAUAGUAACAGCCAAAGCAACGAUCGAGAUCGAGUAAGCCGCGUGGGCGAUUGGAGUGAACAUGUCAGCUCUUCUGGUAAGAAAUAUUAUUAUAAUUGUAAAACAGAAGUCUCACAAUGGGAAAAACCACGGGAAUGGAUCGAGAAAGAAAGCAAUCGUGUGCUAGUAAAAGAUCAUCAACAACGUGAUUAUCGCGAGAAAGAGCGGGAACGUGAGAAAGAACGGGGCGAUCGGGAACGAGAUGAACGCUAUGCUUCGGCAGUUGUUAGUCGGUCAGCAGCUUCUUCAUAUGGAAAACAUUCCAGCAGUAGCAGCAGCAGCAGUAGUAACAAAAAUAAUUCUCGAGUACGAUGGCAGCCCCAAGAUUCUUCUUUGCCAUCCCAUAGAAGACGAACAUUCGAUGAUGUAAACCAAGACAUGGAUAUUAGCCCUGGAGAUUCAACACCAACUUCCGAAGCUAGUUAUUCUCAUUCAAGUACUCCUACUGCUGGAGCAACGCAAGUAGGAUCCCAGCAUGCACAGACAAAUAAUGGUGUUGUAGGAAAUAAUCCUAGUAGCCACUCAAAUGUAAUAACGGCAUCGAGCAGCGCAACAUCGAUGACUACAACUCCUACGAUGCCGUUGAAUAGCAACAUUAGCAGCAAUAACAGUGUUCUCUCAGAUGGGACUGGCCAUAACGUUUCGAUUCAUCUGUCACGGAUGAUAUCAAGCACGGCCGUAAAUCAAAUAGGACCAUCGACCAAUCUUCAAACGACUACAACGCAACAGAACCAACCGCAACACAAUCCAGCAUUAUCGUCGAAUUCGUCGUCGUCUUCGUCAUCUGGCGCCAGUAUGUCAUCGCCUUCAUUGCAUCUUGCAAUCCACAGCAAUUGUGGCGUUGUUUCAGCUAUAUCGUCAACCCAAGCUAGUUCAGGGGAUGGAAGUAUGCUCAGCUCUAACACUCCGGGACCACCGUCAUCGAUUACAUCAUCUCAGCAAUCACACAUUUCAACUCUCCCGCAACCCCAGAAAGAUGGUCCUACGAUUAAUCAACAAAUGUCACAUACGCAGCAGCAACUGCAUCAUUCUCAACAGUUGAGUCAACCUACUAUUCUGGGGUCUUCCACCGGCAGUGGAUCGUCAAUAAGUGUGACUACAUCUUUAGCAGGAUUGCCUAAGAUUCUCUCACAAAUCACUGGAAAUAAGUCUAUAGAACAUAAUGACCUUAAUCCACAAAAGGCUUUGCAGACGAUUAAUAACGCUCUUAUGAUGCAGCAACAGUCUCGCCAACAGAAUUCCAGCUCUGUACAUGAGCUGGGUGGAAAUGGAUCAUCGCUUGGUAAUUUGAGAGAGCAUGCAUUACAAUCUCCGUUGUACAACGUGUCCAAUUUGUCUCACACGAUUCUUCCGUCUGCACUUAGUGCUGUAUCUGGCAGCCACUUAAAUCACAGCUCACACCACAACCAUACGGCAAACAAUCUUGGUGGAAAUACAUCUAAUUUGUUACACAGUGGAGGAUUAGUUGGAGCCAACAGUGGUAAUGUCAAUCUUACCAACGAUGGACCACCGACGCCAACGCAAGAGCUUGACCUAGCGAUGGUUGAUCAUAGAAAACUGGAUGGAUUAGGCAGUACUGUUGUGACAACGGCCACUACUAGUGCCGUAAGUAGCUUGCAAGGUGUAAUGGCUUCAUCACAGUGCGGUCGAUCUCAAGGUCCGAAUUUAACGCCUAGUUUAGCAAAGUACUUCCGAGCCGAUUUAAUAUCCCAUGUUACUGGAUGGCCAUCGGAAAUAUUGGAGAAAACGAUUCAAAAAUUAUCCGAAGAUGCACACAUUCUAGGGGACCUACAGUGCAGCAAAGUUUCUGCCGAGCUGAAAUGUGCUAGGAGUUUAGUUAGGAUAACAGAAAUCACUGCAACCCUGCAGGAACAAAAGAUAAUGUAUCUACGACAACAAAUACGUAGAUUAGAAGAAUCCAAGUCGGAAAAUUCAUUCAUGUCGUCAGAUGAUCUUUAGCGCUGAUAAAGUGUAAACAACAAGGUCAAUAAACCAUGAGGGUAUGGAAGUCACGAUUAGCCGAUAUUGCGAUACGGUUAGAAGUUUAUAUAAAAUUUACUAAAAAUGUAUGUAAGAAAAAAUAAACAUUAAAAAGCAUAACAACGGAAGACGACGACAGUUGGCGUAUGCAAAAAAUAGAUGGAUAAAUUAUAUCGCAGAUAAUACAAAUUUCAUUGUUUUAUCACAUUCCUGCGCUGUGAAAUAUUGUUAAGGUUUACAACAGGAUUAAUGAUGGUUUCUUUUCAUAGGGAGGAGAAUCGUUCCAUUGUUAUAUCAUCACGAAAUACUCUGAUGCUGGAUAGUUAUCUUUGUCGACCUUUACUUAUUAGUUAAUUGCCUUUCUGUUUUAUUGUCAUAUUAUUUUAUUUCGUGUUUGUAACCAUUCAGUAAAGUUAUUAAAUUAAGACAGUGUUGCAAUAUUUAUGUCAAUCCAAAUAAGUUGGUUUGGCAAUGAAUAAGUUGUAUCAUCGUAAAUUUCCUUUCAGCAGCUCUAAGAGAUGCUCCUGCUGGAACAGAUUAGGACAGAAAGGCUCUUGCUGAUAGCAUGGGGCAGUCAGCAACCUUUUUGUCCAGAGAUAUAAACUUCACUUAUGACUAUUAAAAGGGUCAAAUAU